CCCUUGCACGCCGGUCUUUGUUGGCCAGCAGUCCUCGGGACUUGGGCUUUGGGCGGAGUCAAAGCCUUGGAGGUCCUCUCUGCGUGGGCGGGGAAGAGAGGCUGUAGGUGUAACCAGCGGCUCCCGGCACGUACAGUAGUGAAGUGUCAGCACUCUUGCCGCCCCAGCUUUCAGUGCCCCCCUCGGUUUGCAGUCGGGCUCACAGGCCCAGGAAGGGAAAGACAUGCCCAGAAGGGAUUUCCUGACGUAGCAGUGAUUCUUUCUUCAGGACUCAUAUAUACUGCAGGCCGCUUGAGAAGUAAGUGCCUGAACCCUUGUUGAUAAAUGCUUAGGGAGAAAAUGUGCUGGAAACAGCCUGUGAAAAGGCAGCGAGAAGAAUGAAACACAGAGAGCCAGGAACGCAGCACAGAAAAAGAGAGUGCCUGAUGCCAUCACCGCUAAAGAGAUGUUUGCUGAAUGAAUGAACUGCUUAUAGUUUGCUGCUUCAACAAGUUGUCCCAUAACCUGUGUCUGCUGGUGCUUUUCCUUUGCCUAGAAUACCUUUCCCUUCCUCAUCUGGCUCAUUCCUAAAGACUCAUCCGUCACAGGGGGUGCAAGUUCGAUACCUGGUUGGGGAGCUAAGAUCCCAUGUGCCUCACAGCCAAAAAAACCAAAAGGAAAUGAAGCCAGAAUCCACAGAUGUCAUUAUCCAUCUGCACGCUUUUGUUUACUACCCAGAAGGCAAGAAUAUUGCAUUUUAAAAGUGUCCGGACUUUUGUUCUUUCUUAUCACAAAUGACUUGAGAAGAUCUGACCAUUCACAGUUACCCUGAGUGGAAGUGCCAAAGACUUGCUUCUUGGAGCGCUUUGAGAUUCAGGUACCUCAUAGAAGUGGAAUCACAAUAUUUGUCUUUUUGUGACCGGCUUAUCUCACCGAGCAUAAAGUCUUCAAAACUCAUCCAUGCUGCAGCAGGUGUCAGAACUUCCUUCCUUCUUAAGAUUCCGCAUGUAAGUCUCUCCUUUUAAAAUGUGAUGUCUCCAUUUCCAAGGGAAGGUGGUCAUCCCAGAUGAUCACAAGGAAGAGUUGGCCUCCAACAUUGAAUUAUUCAGGUGAUAAAACUGAUGCACAAAGAGAUUAAGUAACUUGCUCAAGAUCACACACCAAAAUUUGGAGAAAGAAUAAACUCGGCACGCCUGCUGCAUCCUAAGGAUGAAGAAACUGGGGCCUGGAAAAAUUGUCUCUUGCGGAAGGCUGACCUCGUGGGAGAGAGAGUUGGGAUUGGUCUCAGGGCGUUUGGAUCUACUCUCUGUGACCCACCACCACAUUAUGCUUCCUCCCUUUUCAGGAAUUUUCGCUAAGAGUCAGGGUCUUGCCUUCUGUUUGUAUUGUAGUUUCCAUUCAUAUUCCUCUCCUUGAGAUCCCUGCUUCAAAGUCCACUUUGUUGGGGUGGCUUUUAAGAGGUGCUGUUUAUAUAAAAUUGAGGUGAGCUACAGUGGCUGUCAAGCACCACUCGCAUCCCUCUUCAGGGGGAAUUCGGGAAUGGACUACUUGUGCUGCUGCUGAAAGUGUGGCCUGGGAGGCCCACCCCUAGAUAUUCCUUGGCUGAAAAGAGCUGCUGCCCCAAGGUCACUUCCUGGGUCCCCACCGUCCUCGUCUACCCAGUGACUGAUUGACAAAGGCUCACAAAGGCCCAGUCCUCUCACUCCAUCAGGCUGACUCUGAGAAGGCAUCCCAUGUCUAGAGCUCCCUGUGGGGUUGAUCCAGGCCUUUGUUGGGACUGCCUCCCUAGGCCCAGUCCUGUUUCCUUCCCUUCUGUUCAUAGAGAGAUACUAAAGCCCACCCCCAGCCAUCCAAAUAAUCUUCCCACCCUCUACCAUUCUACAUUCUCUGUGGAGACUCAACGCGACCCUUCUCUCCUCCCCUUCCCCGUGUCCUAAGGUCCACUUCAUACCUGCAGGAGGUUGGCUCACCCCUGUGAACAUGGGCUGAAUCCUUGGCCCCAAGUGCAGAGAGCUCCCUUACCACAAGGAAGAUCUCAAAUAAUACAUUGUCUCCUCAGAGUACAUCAACCCCCUCUCACGGGGCCACACCCUCCUCACCAGGCCUCGGAAACAUUUCCAGGCUCCGAGCAGCAGGGUGGCCCCUGUAACUUGAAACAACCGGCAGUGGUGGCCUCGGGCCAUGACAAUAUUUUUUGUCUUGGAAAGAAUACUUGAAAAUUACAAAAAUUAUGCCAUUUCCAUCGCAUGCCAGAAGCACCCAAAUUGCAUUUUAAUCCCUUUACAGAGGAAGCCCUGAUACUUGGCUUAGAGAUUCAGAUGUGUCUGGUUUUAAUCAAGGCGUGUGCUGUUUUUCCAGUUCCCUCACAUUGGACUAAUGCAAAAGACACCAGAAUCCAUCACACGUACCAUGUUAAAAGAGUCCAAUAGUCCACGUUUAUCUCGGCAAGUGGAGGAGAAGCUACCGCCAAUCUACAAAGUGCGGGAGAAGCAAGCAGUAAAUAACAACUUCCCCUUCUCUGUACACGACAAUCGUCACAGCUUUCAGAACUCUGGAUUCUACCUUGACUCUGGCCUGGGAUGUAAGAAGAUCUCCCCAGAAAAAAGGCAACACAUUUCAAGAAAUUUCAGUCUUUGGGCAUGUGACUAUGUUCCAUCUUGUCUCGAUGGCUUUUCAAAUAGCCAAAUAUCACAUGUCUGUCAGGAAGCUGUGGUGGUCCCAAUUUUCAGACGCUUUCCAAGACAUUAUAAUGAGUUAUGGAACACUUUUAAAUUUAUUCCCCAGCAAAGCUAUACAGAGUAUCUGAAAAAGAAUCCAAAAGUAAGGUUCAUGAUUAACAAAAAGGCUGGUUCUCCACUGGAGCCCUAACCCUUCCAGAAGAUUCUUGAUGAGUUUUGCAAUAUUGUUAUUUCAUUGCACAUUCUAAAAGUAUGUAUUUUCUGAUCCAGCACUGAGGUUUGACAUAAGAUUUGUUUAGGAUUAGAGAAUAUAGACUGUAUGUGCCUCAAUGCUGAGGUGAAGUUUUCUUGCAGUGAUAACAUAAAGAAACAUAAAGUCCUUAUAUAGAGAAACCAGAAAGGCAACAGGUAAUGUUGCCACUCCCCCACCUUUAAAGUAUUUUUAUGGUUUUAAUAAGGUUGAAAAAUAUUCAGGUCCUUAUAAAAUAAAGAUAUGUGAUGACAUACACAUUUUAAAUGAAUGUGUUUUAAACAAACAUGUGCUUAAAUUUUGAAAUUGCCACAUUAACUUUUGGGAGAGGUUUUAAAUUACAUAAUUAAUAUAGGCUUACAUUUUCAUCUUGAAAUUUCAAACAAACAGAGAAAGCAGGAGUCCCCUUUGAUUUCACCACAUCUCUAAUCCUUGUCCUGUCCCCAGAAGUAAGCUAACCAUUUGUUUUGUUUUGUUUUGUUUUAAUUUGUUUAUUUAAUUUAUUUACUUUUGUC